AUGAGCGGCGGCUCGGAGGCCAUCAAGGUCGUCGCCCGCUUCCGGCCGCCGAGCGCGCGCGAGGCCGCGUCGCAGCUGUCCGCGCCCGCAGUCCGCUUCGCCGACGACGGCCGCACCGUCUCGCUCGCCGAGGACGGCGGCGCGAGCCACACGUUCGACGCCGUGCUGCCGACGCAGGCGACGCAGGCGGAGACGUACGGGCACGUCUCCGGGAUCGUGGAUGCCGUGCUGCAAGGCUACAACGGCACCGUCCUCGCCUACGGCCAGACCGGCUCCGGAAAGACGCACUCGGUGAUGGGGACGGCGUCUGAGCCGGGCGUGCUGCCGCGGGCGAUGCAGCACAUCUUCGGGCGGCUGUGCGGCGACGAGAGCGGCGCAGAGUACCUCCUCUCCUGCUCGUACCUCGAGAUCUACAAGGAGGUCGUCCGCGACCUCCUCGAGCCCGCGGCGGCGGCGCCGCCGCCGACCGCGUUUGGCGGCGCGGGAGGCGGCGGCGGUGCUGCUGGCGGUCUGGCGAUCCGGGAGACGGCCAAGGCGGGGGUGUACGUGGAGGGUCUUAGCCAGGUGAUGGUGGCGAGCGAGGCGGACGUGCUCGACGUACUCCAGUGCGGCAACGCCCACCGGAUGGUCGGUGCGACUCUGAUGAACAGCCAGUCGUCGCGCUCGCACGCCCUGCUGACGCUGACGCUGCAGCAAAAGCCGCCCACCCGGCCACGCCGCGGGCCGCUCCACCUGAACAUCGCUGACCUCGCCGGAUCUGAAAAGAUCUCAAAGACGGGCGCGACCGGAGGCACCCUCGACGAGGCCAAGAAGAUCAACGCGUCGCUCUCCGCUUUGAGCCUCGUCAUCUCCGCCCUCGCCGACGGGAAGGCGCCCGCGCACGUGCCCUACCGGAACUCGAAGCUGACGCGCAUCCUGCAAGAGUCGCUCGGAGGCAACUCCAAGACGCUGCUGCUCGUCGCCUGCUCGCCCGCCCAGCAGAACGCCGCCGAGACCAAGUCGACGCUCCAGUUCGCCGUCCGCGCAAAGGCGAUCAAGAACGCCGCCGUCGUCAACACGCUGCUUUCGCCCGAGCAGAUCCAGGCGCCGCAACGGCAAGCUGUGCGCGUGGGAGCUGCGGACAGCGUCUUCACGCGUCUCGCUGUGUGA